CCGCGAAUACGUGCCUGUUACCACGAUAUUACCCCUCCUUGUAUUCGCUCUCCCACUCUUGCGAGCAGUUUUCUGUCAAACAUCUUUCAAUAUCAGAUACUUGAGCGCGAAGCAUGGCAGGACGGUCUCAGUCAGUUCAUGGUUUUUUCGUGUGUACAUACGUGUCAUUUUGAAGAGCAUUCUACUUCGAUAGAUGUGUCCAAUUAAUUACAUAUUUUAUUAAGAGAAGAGAGGUUUUGACAACAUUUCAUAUAAACGAGAGCACGCCACAUUUGCGUGCAAAUUUUCUGAAGCCUAAGCGAAGGAUGCUUUUAAGCUGAAACAGCCAUUCGAAUAAAACCUACAUUAUAUCUAGUUCCUUGAACUCUGCGCCAGCUCCUCGAACUGUCCACUUUCUUAAUACCACAAAUGAUGACGUUGAGACAACAUGCAAGGUGGCUGUUGCGUCGGUUCGUUAGAAUUGACACGAAAACCGAUAGAGCGUUAGACACGCUAGCUGUGGAUGUCGAGGGACAGGGUUUGUUGCGACAUCGCCCGUACUCGGAUAUCCCAGGACCUAAACCAAUUCCCUUGUUAGGCAACACUUGGCGGUUUCUACCUUUCAUAGGAAACUUCGAUAUACAGGCGAUAGACAAACUGUCAAAAAGACUGCACGCUCAGUAUGGCAACAUCGUAAAGAUAGAAGGCCUUUUAGGUAGGCCCGACAUGGUCUUCGUGUACGACGCGAAUGAAAUUGAGCGAAUUUUCCGACGGGAAGAAAAAAUGCCUCAUCGACCUUCCAUGCCGUCGCUUGAUUAUUACAAACAUGUACUGCGAAAGGAUUUCUUUCUGGAUAAUCCAGGUGUCAUUGCUGUCCACGGUGAGAGUUGGUAUAAUUUCCGAAGCAAGGUACAGCAGGUGAUGCUGCAGCCGCGGAUCGCGAGAAUGUAUAUCGGGGCGAUUGAAGAAGCGAGCAUGGCACUCCUUCGCAGAAUAGCAAAGAUACGGGAUCGAAACCACGAGGUGCCCGACAACUUUCUCAAUGAGAUGCACAAAUGGUCUUUGGAAUCUAUUGCACGGAUCGCGUUGGAUGUGCGCUUGGGUUGCUUGGACGAUGACGCGAACGCAGAAACACAGAGGCUUAUAGACGCCCUGAUUACGUUCUUCAAAAACGUGCCUGUGCUCGAACUAAAGAUACCUUUUUGGAAACUUUUCAACACACCCAGGUGGCAACAAUACGUAAAUUCUUUGGAUAUUAUUGUGAGUACCAUAUCGAAAUACACGGCCGCCGCUCUGUCAAGGACCAAGAGCAACGUGGAUUCGGACAAAGAGCUGUCUCUCUUGGAGAGAGUUUUAGCCCGCGAGGGCGAUACGAAAGUGGCCUCUAUCCUCGCAUUAGAUUUGUUUUUAGUUGGCGUUGAUACGACAUCAACCGCGGUAGCCUCGGUGCUCUAUCAGUUAGCGCUACAUCCGGAGAAACAGGCUUCAGCGUAUGAUGAAAUCUGCAACGUUCUCCCGCAACGGGACACGCCUCUAGAGGUGACAAAUAUCGACAAUUUAAAAUACUUGAAGGCGUGCAUCAAGGAAACUCUAAGAAUGUAUCCAGUUGUCAUAGGCAACGGGCGAAGUACAACCUCGGAUAUUAUAAUCGGCGGCUAUCGCGUACCGAAAGGAGUGCACGUGGUGUUUCAACACUAUGUCAUUAGCAAUCUGGAAAAGUAUUUUCCGCGAAGUGACGAGUUCCUUCCGGAACGAUGGUUACACGACGACGGCGGUGUCCGUCACGCGUUUGCCUCGCUUCCUUUCGGUUACGGUAGACGAAUGUGCUUGGGACGACGAUUUGCCGAGCUCGAGAUAAUUAUCGUCAUUAGCAAGAUACUUCAGUUUUAUAAAAUAGAAUAUCACCAUGAAAAAUUGGAGUAUUACAUUAAUCCAAUGUACACGCCGAAGGGACCGUUGAAGCUAAGAUUUAUCGAGAGAUAAUAAUAUCUUUAAUAACUUUUCUCUAAUGGCAGAGAAAAGGAAUGUAGUAAAAAAUAUUAUCCGUACUUAUAAGCUUUCUUCUUACACAUAUAUGGACGUAGUUUUGCAUAAUUCUGUAUUUGGUUUCCUGAAAGCAACUUUACAUGCAACUA